UGAUCACCCGUCACUGGCCCAUUUGGCAAUUGGCACUGCGGAGCCUUCGCGAUUGUUUAUGUUCGGCCGUUCCGCCUAUCCGUUAUAUGUAUACAUAUAAAUAUAUAUAUUCCCCGUCGUCGUUAUAUAUGUAUAUGAUAUGAUUCUCGGUUGUUUGGGUUUGGUUUUUCGGCCCGUCAUGAAACGCCGUAAGAGUUUCUUCCCUCGGUAACGUUGUUAUCCUUCAGAGUGAGUGCGCGCCUCAGCCCGUGAAGUGAUCCGUUUUCGCUCUCGGAUAAGUGUGUCGUGGUGUUCGGGAUUAAGUUUUCCUUCGUGAAAACCCAGUAUUUUGGCCUGUGAAUGCUUCUCGGUGAUUGGCUGAUCUAACAAACAUUUUAACGUGUGCCGAAACUAAUCUCCUAAUAAUCAGAUUUAAAUUCGAUUAACCACAGAUUUUUGUAUUAUGUUGAGUUGAAGUAAAUUUUCCGCAAUGGCCGAAUCUCCAAAUCAAAUUGCUCAGGUGAUAGCAUUCAUAUGUGGCCUGAUUGUCAUAAUAUUGAUGCUAAUGGCUCUGAUGUCAACCGACUGGCUCAUGGCUGCAGGGUGGCGACAAGGCCUAUUUUCACAUUGCGUUAUGGAAAACGCACCCACACCUCUCCCAUUCAAUGUACAGGAUGUCGGACCGGGGUGUUUUGCAGCUAGGGAUGUAGGUUACAUAAAAGUUGCCGCUGCCCUAUGCAUUGCGACAUUAGUGACUGAUAUUGUCGCGACACUGCUGACAGGACUUGGCCUGCGAUCUAGUGAUUACCGCACAAAAUAUAAGUUCUAUAGGAUCGCUGUUUAUGUCAUGUGUAUUGCAUUAUUAUCUCUUCUUGUUGCUCUUGUCAUAUAUCCUGUGUAUUUCGCCUCAGAACAAACCGCAGGCAACCGAACUGUGUGGGAGUUUGGCUGGGCAUACGGUGUUGGCUGGGGCGCUGGAAUCUUCCUCUUUGGUGGGAUUGUGCUGCUGCUCUGCGAUAAGGAGUCAGAAGAAAUCUACUACAAAGAACGUAAAGUGACCGUUGCCUAGUGUGCGGCCUCCCUGCCCGAUGUUGUUCUCUAAAAACCACUAGUAGCUAUCGGGCAGGAAAUGGCGCUCUUGACAAUACUAGUGGUUCGCCUCCAGCCUCUGUUCGCGUUCUGAGCUGCGUUCAUAAUGACGUAUGUCCAGCUUUUAGUGCUCUGUGCUUUCAAAUUGUGUCUCAGUCUAAUCAAUUGCACGGGCUUGACUGUUCCCACUCUUCGAGCUGUGUUAGGUUUAUCACAUCUUUUGUGUCUUAAUUUUCUAUUCUAAUAAGUUCCGAAAGUUUUUGAACAUCACCUGAAACUUUUAACCAUUACUCAUGGUGUUUAGGGUCUGGGAAAAGUAAAGACAUACCAUGAUUCACCCGGAAACAAAAGGUCUUGGGGAAAUUAAAGAGUCCAAGAAUUAUGACUUUAUUUCUUCAUCAUUUCAAGACCUUUAUCGUUUUUAAAUUUGACAAUUUGGAUCGACCUGCCUCUAAAGCAUCAGCUAGAAAUGAUAAGACUAAUAUUUUUGCUCUUAGCAAUUUCAGGAAUAUUUAAUUUUUCCCAAGAGAAUGUGGAGAAAAACGAGAGAAAACCUCAAAUCUCUACCUGAAGAUCUGCUCCAAAAAAUCAAAAAAAUAUCGGAGAAUGAGAAAACUCAAGAAUUCUGGACACCUUGAGUAAAUCGAAAUUGGUUUUGAAAAGUUUUUGCACUAGCGCCAAAAUGUUUAAUUUUUCCUCACUCUACCAGAAUUUCUUUAAACUUAAAAUAUAAAUGUGCUGUGUUGGUGAACAAUUUUUUUAUUUUUCUUAAAAUUUUUUGUGAAACCUUCUAGGAAACGAAAUUUACAGUUUUGGGAACCCUUUGCCCAUCAACUUAAUCUUAGUCAAGAAAUUUUCAUCUAACUAAGUUUCCAAAGAUUACAACUUCUAAAAUAUCUUCGAAGAGUUUCUUUUCAAUAAUUAUUGACUUAGACCGGCAAAAACCCUCUCCUCAAUCCUAUAGUUCAUAUCCAGGAAAACCAGCUCUGGUGUGUAGACAAUUCCAAAGAAGUGUUAUCAUCUUUUCUGAGCAAUUGUGGAUAAAACUUAUCAUCGAAUGCCUUUUUCCUACAAAUUAUUGGUCUGUGCUCAAGGACAGGAAGAAUGAUAAGUGUUGAUACAGGGUUGUCGAAGAGAUCUGCAACUUCAAUAAAUAUAUUUUUUUAUUUUAUUUUUAAAUCUCUCAAACCGGACGGUUUUUUAUUCCACUCGAAGUUAUUGAAUAGAUGGGUGCUAAUUGUGGAUCUAUCUAAAUAAUUAACAAUUCAACAUAAAAAUAGUUAAACAUUGAUUUCUUAUCUUCAUUUUUAAUUUUUCCCUAUUAACAUCAGAAAAAUUGUGAAUUUUGUGCUUUUCAUCGACAUUUUGGACCACAACCUUUAGCAUCUUGAGUUCCAUCUCUGUAUUUCUAAGAGGUUUCACCACAUGAAAAAUAUUAUAUAUUGUUUUUAAUUUUUGGUGAAUGAAUCGAAUUCAAUUUUUUUGUUUCUGAUCCUAAGAUUUAUACUGUCAAUUAUUUUUCUCUGUUCAAAAGCAAAUCCACAACUCUUCAUUUUUCCCAAAACGAACAGUUGACAGUUAGUUCUGUUUUCUGUGUUUAUCUGUGUUAAUUGGUUGUAAUCCCCAUUUCUAAACUGUGCCUUUUGUCUUUAGUAAUUUUUUUUUUAAACUGUGGCUCGUGCAGUGUAUUUUGGGUAACAGUUGAACGUGCAGUUGUCUCUGAUCUACUAUCCGGCGCUGGGCGAACGCGGAACUUUUCACCAAAAUCCCUUUCCUAUCUAGAGUUUAUAUCACAAUUUUUGUCAAAUUAAUUAUAAUGUUAUUUUGUAAAUAGCCUGUAAAUUUGAUCGAUUUUUAACUGAAAUUUUAUACUGUACCAUCCUGUAAAUGAAAUGAACUGAAAUACUCAUAAGGUAAUUUUACAAAUUGGUCCUAGGUUAACUGUCAAGCCAAAAAGUAGCAUGUACCCUUUUUGUUUUAAAUUAUAUUUUUCAUUUCAUGAUCUCUUACAAAAUCUGUAAGAGAAAAGCUCUUAUGUAGUCUCAGAAAAAAGUAUUCUAACUUCAUACUACCCUGCUAAGGAAAAAUGCUGUAUGAAAAUUCGAAUGUUGCCAAAUUUCCCCCUAAAAGUAAGUGUUUUUGAGAGGUUGUGAUUUUUUUCCCUUUAAAUCUUCAGACUCUUUAGAUCAAAUCGCGAGUACAAUUCUCUGAAAAAUUGGGAGGAAAAUAUUUACAAGCUACUUAUGAAAUUAGUGUCUUAUUGAAGGAAAUAUGGUAACGUUAGAAGGCUCUGCCGGUGGUUUUCCUUAGCAUGGUGGAAUAGUGAAGAGGUGCCAUUUAAUUUUUUUUAAGAAGGAAAAUGUCUUUACUUCUGAAGUUCAAAAGAAUUGAAGCUACAUAUAUCAUUCCUGGUGAAAGAAUUUCAGAAGACAUUAGAUUACAGUUUCACAAAAAUCUUCACGCAUAAAGAAGCAUUUGUCAAUUUCACUUCUAACGUAUGAAAAUUGUUUCACAUGCAAGAGAGACAACAAACUGGUUUAUGGAUAAGUUCUUGUAAAUUUGCAAAUUUCUUAGGUUUCCUUGCAAAUUGUUACAUUGAUGUACCCAUACAUUAUUAUGAAGCAUUAAUUAAAGGUCAGCUUGUUUUUCACUGGUUAUAUUUUAACGUAUCAAGGAAAUUCAGAAGUUCUUUCAUUUCGAGCCUCACAUAGGACAGCCAUCUCGAUUAUGGUCGAUUUUUUCAAUUAUUCUUUUGCUAUGAGUUUUCUUGAAGUGAAAAAUCCUCUCGACUAAAAUGACAAGUGUGCACUGCCGAAGUGCAGGCAUACCUUUUCUUGGCAAUUUCCUUGAAAUAUGAACACCUCUCUAAAAUGAUGAAAACAAAUUCUUGUGUGAAAUUUUGACAAAUCUGAAUUUUUUCGAGGCUUUUUUUAGUUGAAGUAUGUGCUCUAAUUCAAAAAUAUUAUUUUCUACUGAAAUUCUUAUUUACGCUGAUCUGGUAUGCCCAGACAGCCCAGAGCAGUCUGUUUGAACCAUGGUCUAUUAUAUUUUAACCUCAACGUCUCUCGUUUUUUCCAAUCACAUGAUGAUAUGUUGAAGUGAUGGAAUGGAUUAUGUAGUGUAGUAUUGCAAACCUAACAGCACAAAGAAUAACAAAAUAAAGAAACCACUUUCAGAAAAGUGUUCUUAGAUAUAAUCUUGUGUCCCUUCCUUUCUUGAAAACGAGGCAUACAUAAAGAGACUUAACUUUUUCAAAGGCACUCUAAUCAUUGGUCGGAGCAAUCAGAAACUAUCUUAUGUGUGCCCUCUCAACAGCCAUAAGCUCUCGCUAAAAAGUUUCAUGCCUAUUAGCCUUGGGCGUCAACAUUUUUUCGGUUUCCCUUAAAUUUCUCUUUUCUCAUCAAACAUAACCCCUCUUACAGCUGAAGUAAUUUUCUAUUCUUUUUCAAUCUAGUGUUUUAGAAGGAGUACCUCAGUAGUAAAAAAAAACCAAGUAUGUACUCAUCUGUGCGUAAAUUGAUUUCAGUAUUGUGGAUGCGUCUCGCCGGAGAGUAGAGAAGUAUCAAAAUCAACUUACGCAGAAAUGAGGAUUUAUAUGGUCUAUGAACUUUUUCAUGUGCAGUUCUCCGUAGUUGUUUUUAGGAACUUUCGUAUUUUAGAUUGCAUGAGUUGCAUUUUCUAUGAAGGGUGUUGUAUCGAUACCCUGUAUACCAAUGCCACCCACCCUAAUCUCCCUCAAUUUUUAUACCUCAGCAUGCUAGGUUUGACUCAUAGUUCUUGCCAGCAGCUUUCUACAUAUCAAUGAAUCAAAAAUUUUAAGUUGAGGUCUUUUUUCUAGUUUGAUGUUGCUCCACAUAUAGAGCAUGAAAAUCUCAUCACAAAUGAGCGGCUUAUUUUAAUUUGUGUCGAAUCACUUUAGGGCAAUUUAUUUUUCUUCAAAGAAGGGUUUAAAGUUUUUCUGUAACUUGCUAUACCCUUAAAGCUUUCCUAUUACUGCCGAAAAUCUCUCUUAUUUUAAAAUUUUUAUCUACUUAAAUUGAGCAAAUGUUUUUUGUUCGUACGCAUUUGUUUUUAUUUAUUCUGCACAAGUAAACAGAACAGAAAACUGUUUAUUCUUGUAAACUUUUUACCUUGAUCCCAUGUCUUCAGUCUGUAUCUGAACCUAGUUCACUCGCUGGCAGCCUUUCAGUAAACGAGAAGAUUCUUUUUUGCAGCCUACGUACCUUAGUAUCGAAAGUUCUACUGCACAAAACGAUUUUGGCAAUUUUUUUCCCCUGAAGUUCAGAGCUCUCAAAAGAAUGGCAGCAUCCACUGAACUUGCAUAAUCUUUGCUGUCAACCAUGCUCCUUAGAAUUUAACACUUCUUUCUCCAUUCAUUUUUCCCUUGAUAGGUCCAUCUUCAAUUUUUGUUGAAGUAUUCCCUCCGGUUUUUUAUUUUUUUUGUCUCUGAUUUUUAAGCCAAUUAUUAGCUUUUUCUCGUCCAGUUGGAGAAUCUGUAUUUUCCUUCAACUUUCACAAUGGUGCUGCUCUUUGAACAAGUAUACUUUAUGUACGAGAAUUUAAUUUAUGUACUUAUUUAUCAUUUGAUUACGCAUUUUUUGCUCUUGUAGUCAAUGAAAAGAUGAUUUGCUGUUCCGAACUAGUAAUUCUAUGAGCUUUCAUAAGUAUAGAGUAAAGAUCCAUACUCUUACUCAGAGCAACUAGUUUGUAGAUUUCUUUAUACAGGAAAGUUACUCUAUCGCUCAAGAAUGUCAGUCUUGCUCGUUUUUAUCCACAGAUCAUUUUACAAGUAUUUAUUUAAAUUAUUUUAAAGUCUUCUUCUUAAAUAAUGUCUAUAAGCUUUCUAGCCUCUGCUUCAAAAGCUGUAAAAUUGAGGUACAGGAUUUUAGACGCAACAGCAGCAGUUUUCAAGUCUUGUGUCCUGUAGUUGCGACGAAAAUCGUGACCCCUUCAAUGCCAGUUAGAAAGAGUUGAAUGUCGCGUCUAAGAUGUUGUUCUGUCUGAAUAGCAAGGAAUUCUUUGAAAUUCAUUCAUUAUUGGCUUGAUGUCAGAAAAACUGCACUGUUACAAAAGAGCUGUAUUUUAAUAUCCCAGUUUUGUGUUUUUUUAAUUUUCAACCAAAUCGUUUUAUUUGUUGUUAUACAGUUGAUUUCAUAGUCUAACAAAUGUUCGCAUCAAUUUAAUUUGUAAAUCUAAUGUAAUACGUUCCUCUAAUACUUGAUCACACAGCUGUUACCCAGCAAAUUAUUCUGUCAAUGAGUUAAACAUCGAUUUCAAUAACAAUACUUCCAAUAUUUUGCUGGCUCUGUACAGCUUUUCUUCAGGCGGUCGAUAUUCCAGAGGAAAGUAAAUAAUCAGCUUGUUGAUCAAGUCUAUAAUGAUUUCUAGUUUAUCUAGUAAUAGCUAAAAUAUUGGGUUUGUUUUUCAGAUCAAGAUGCAACCUUUUUUUCUUUCAUUGAUUUUUCACCUGUUGAAUGCUCAAGUACUUUUCUGGAUGUUAGCGUAUUUUCUCAUUCAGAUUGCUAAACUCCCCACUUAAAUUCACGAAAUUUGGAGUAACACCUGUGGAAACAAGUACAGUGAAAGCUAAUGUAUUCCAUCUAAUAUGGAAAACCAAAUGGGAGCUAUGGAACACAAAAAUUUUACCCCUGAAGAAACACUUCUGCCCAUGAUUUUGUCCUCAUUUUUACUGCAAUGACAUUUGGAACACUGAGCCAUCCUAAACUUAUCUCAUUUGUGGUGAGCUAUAAGGAAGUGAAUCAAACUUCUGUAUUCCAUUCCAGUGUUUUCAUAUUUUCUUUUCACGGUGUUUCUUAAACGUCAGGUUUCUGCAAGGACAAGUAAAGAAAUUUUGCACAGUUGAUCUGAUAGUUAAUAAAUUCAUGAAAAAUGUACACAUCCAAGGCCGUGAUUUACAAGUGGCUUUUCUCAUCACGGAGUGAGACACUGUACCACCGCAACAUGUCGGGAUUUGUACCGCUACUCACAACUAAGAUCUUGUUCAUAAUAAAUGUAGUAUUUGUAAUUAUUCUGUAACUUUUAAGUUUGAACUGUAGCUGUCCACUUGUUUACUAUUAGUAAAGAGGAACCCAUGCUGAAGCAUAAAA